AUGGACCCCGAGCCGCCAAUCCUCUACAAGGAGACUCGCGUCAGUCUGGAGCCUGCCUCCAACGCGUCCAUCGUCCACAUCAGGCUUCCUGCGCCUACCAGGUCCAGAGACCGCCGUUCCCUCGGGCCCGACAGGUAUGGCGACGAUGAGAGGGUAUAUCGCUCUAGGAACUUGGCAACCGCGGCAUCCGUAUACCACAGGAAGCACCACACCUCGCCCCGCAGCUUCCUCUGGCGCGUCCUCGAGGACGGCACCGUCCUGAGCAUCCGUGCCGCCGACGUCUCCAAACAGCAGACCGCCCCCGACGCGAACCUCAUCUUGCACCUGCGUUUCCCCAACCCCCUACGACCUUCAUGCAUCGCCCUUGCCGACGCUCCUGAGCACGACGCCCUUACCAUCUUCGCCCUCGACCACACCAACCAUCUCUUCACCAUAGUCCUGCGGCCCGAUCACUUCCGAAGGCGCUCCGCUACCGACAAUGGGAUUGGCGACGCCUGCAAGACCCAUUUGGCCGGCACCUUCAGCUUCAAGCAUCCCCACCGCCUGGCCGCCAUCAGCGCCCACCAGGUGGUCGUCACCUUCCAUGACGGCGGCCUGAUCAGGUUCGACAGGGACCGCGCUCACAAUGUCAACGGCCAGCCAUGGAAGGAGACCAACUUCAGUGCUCAGGGCUGGGCAACGAGCUUUCGCAGCCUUCUGCCCCUACCGUUCCAGGGCGGCCACACCAUAAAGCACGGCAAGGCAAACAUGGAACUAAGUGCCGCCACCUCCGUGGUCACAGACUCCUUGGGCGUGGACUACGCCCAGUUCCUGUUCUCGGUCUGUUUAGAUCACCGUUUGCGCAUCUGGAACGUCCGCUCAGGCGCCAUCCUGUACACAGCGGACAUGCUGGGCGUGGAGCGCAACCCGCAAGAGAUUGGAAAGUGGAUCAUCGACCCGGGAUGCCAUAAUCUAGUCCGCAUUGUCGGUCAGGCUGAAGGCAGGCGUACCUUGGUGACUUACUCCCCGGUUGCCAACGAGUUCAAGUUUUGGAAGGUGGAGACCCAAGAUGACACGACCAUAUUUGUCCAUGACAUGUUCCCGGACCAGCAACUCAGGCCCCCCGGUCUCUCCUCAGGAGAUGUGUGGACCCUGGCGGACUUUGGUGUGGCGCAACCUACCGGCCAGGCCUUCCACCUCUGGAUACUGACCAAGAACAACCUUACCUACCGAGUCCAAAAGCUCGAGUUUCGCGCCUCUGACUCCGAAGAUGUCUGGAUGUCCGGGUGGAUGUCUGUCUACAUCGAUAACGAACAACCAACCGCCGAGUCAUCGAACCCCGGCGACCCUACCGACGCCACGGAGAAGUGGCUCCAGACGUUGUUCUACCCCGGGCGAUUCUCCAAGGCCACGCUCGAGGCUGCCCUCGCCAUGUAUGAGCGAGGGCUGGGGUCCAAGGAAGCCACCUCCCGGAAUGGGAAGGGCCUGGUCGAGGCAGUAUGCUCAGUUUUAGGCUCAGCAGCUACUCUUGACAGGCUUGCAAGCGGCGAGAUGGACUUCGACCAGUUCCGAUCACACAGUCAGGUCUCGUGGCGCCGAUUCUAUCGCCUGGUCUUGGAGCUGGACAAGCAACGUGGCGAGGCACUCUCACUGGCUCUCGACCACAACUCGGGCAUGGCCUGGGUGCUUUGUGCUGACCUAGUCGCGGCUGUUCACCCCUGCUCAACUCUCGACCAGAUUUACCACAAGUCCCAGGGCUCCAUAGAUAUAAACAACGAGAAUGUCGCGGCCCUAGUAUCCGCUGGACUGGACCUUGUCGAUGACUUCUCAGACAGUAUUAUGCAGCAAGCUGAGGCCGCCCUGCGGUUGGAGUUGUUCGAGGCGUCGCCGGACACGGAUAUGGAGAGGAUACAGCGCUUUUUCGAUCAUUCAGCGUCAUGGCGAGGGAUCUCCGAAGAGGACGCCGCUCAAGUCGUCGAGAGCCUAGGGAGUGACUUCAGGAUCGUCACACAGGAGCUGUACCGACAGCUCAUUGAUCUUUUCGCGGCAAACGAGGAGACUCGGUCGCGGGAUGUGCGACAUCCACUCACAGAAUUCGGCAGGAAGGUUGUUGUCAAGUCGGUCCAGGAGACUGCACGGUUGCAGUGGCAGGUUCUGCUUAGCCAGCUGCUCCUCCUGGUUCACAUGGAGUAUGAGUAUGAUGAAGAUCACGAAGAAAGCGCACUUCACUCCAGACUCGAUGUCGGCUAUGUCUACCGCCAGCUCAUCGAAGCCCUGAAACGCCUCGAUUUCCUCAGGUGGCUAGUCAAGACAGAGAUCAGCGUUCCUGCUCUGAAACCGGAGCGAUCUAACGGUUCGCCAACAGUUGCAAAACGGCCAGAUGACACGCGGACAAUCACCGUCUUCGAAGUCAUUAUCAGCCACUUGCUCGGGCUUGUGGAUGUUGACGGUCAGCCUUUGGCAUCAAGCCUGGCGGAUGUAGUCAUCGAUAUCUGUGCGCCAGACAGCGGCAUUGAGCUGUCUCCGGAGCUGAUACAGUGUUCACUGCUGAAGGCGGACCGGCCAGAUUUAGCGCUAGAACUGACGAGGUUUUGUGGGCAAGACCCGUUCCCUGUCUACAUCCAAGGCCGCGUCUUCUUGUCGCUCAAAGAUUAUACCGCGGCCGCACUCCACUUCACGAAAGCAGCGGUUGGAAUGAGCGUCCCGAUGAAGCAUACAGAACGGCACACUGGUGGGCUGCUAGAUGAGACCGAGAAGAAUCUUCUGAACAGCGGUCUUGCCAACUACUACUCCCACAUAGUCGCAUUAUAUGACCGACACAAGGCAUUUUCCUACGUCAUUGACUUCGCCCGCCUCUCCCUACAGUUCGCCCAGGCCCCAGACGCCAAGGGGACGAGGGCUGAAAUGCUCAGCCGCCUGUUCGCGGCAUCGACAUCUAUCUCACGAUUUGAGAUGGCACACGCGACCCUUCUGUCCAUGCCAGACCGCGCCCUGAAGCUGUCUUGCCUGAAGAGGCUCGUCGAGCGCAUGUGCGAGACGGCCCAGACGUCAGAGCUGACCGCGCUUCCAUUCUCAGGGAUGCAAGAGGAGGUCGACUCCAUACUACAGCAGAAAUGCAGGAGCACAACGGACGUUGUCCGUGGGACCCCGUACCACCAGAUACUGUACGCGUGGCGCAUCACGCACAACGACUACCGUGGCGCCGCGGCCGUUCUCCACGACCGGUUGCAGAAGCUGCGCCAGGCAGGGGAGGGCGACAGCCUCAACGGCGGCGACGUGCUAGAUACAGCGGUGACGAGACAGUUCCUGCUGCUGAUCAAUGCGCUGAGCUGCGUCGACCCCAAGCAAGCCUGGAUCACUGUCGAGGAGGCACACUCGGCUGACCGCGUUGCGCAGGAAGGGGGAGCCGACCACACUGUGGCCGCCGCCACUAAGCCGAGGAGGAAAGUGGUCACUCUUUCGGACCUCAGAAGGCAAUAUCAGACCGAGCUGGACCGUAUUGCGGCGAUCCAGAAUAACCAGUUUGGGUUCAUGGCGGACGAUGCGGACGAUGAUGUGAUGGUCAUUGAUCAAUGA